AUGUCUUCAUCAAGAACACAAGUUAAACUUCCCACGGACGAAGAUCCCACACUCUCCGUGACCACCAUCGACACUAAAACUUCCACCAUCAUGGGAAGAGACGAACCUAACACUGAAGUCAAGUAUCAAUCAGGUCUUGAAAAGUUUACAAAAGCACACGAGAGUGUUGCAGGAGGACCAACAGAGGCAGUGCCGCAAAUUAGUCGAGACCCAUUAACAGAUGAGUUGAUUUUGAAUCCUCACCUCUCCUCUUUAAAUCCAAAUGCAGAGGAUGCAAAAGAAAAUGAUAAAAAACAUGGUACUUUUAGAAAAUGA